GAAGAGGAUGGAUCCUUUGGCUGCAUGGGACCUCUCCUCACCUUUAAUAUCAUUAUGGAUAAAUAGGUUUUACAUUUAUUUGGGCAUUGCCUUUGGCAUUAGCCUUUGGAUUUGUGUCCAGAUUGUCAUGAAGAAGCAGGACAGGAAUUCACAGAAGAAAUCGGUUCCAAAAGCAACCCAGCAUCUGAUGACAAAUGGUUAUAUCGCCCUUCAAAAGAAGGAAAUCUUUGUGUCUGGAGUGAAGAUUUUCUAUGGUUCCCAGACUGGCACAGCAAAGAAAUUUGCAGCAAUUCUUGCCGAUGCAGUUACCUCCCUAGACCUGCCUGUGGCAAUUAUUAAUCUGAAAGAAUAUGAUCCAGAUGAUCAUCUGGUAGAAGAGGUUACCAGUAAAAAUGUCUGUGCCUUCCUGGUUGCGACAUAUACUGAUGGCCGUCCAACUGAAAGUGCUGAGUGGUUCUGCAAGUGGCUAGAGGAAGCAUCCAGUGAUUUUCGAUUUGGCAAGACUUACCUGAGGGGUAUGAGAUAUGCUGUAUUUGGCUUGGGAAAUUCUGCCUAUGAGAGCCACUUCAACAAGGUUGGCAAAAAUGUUGAUAAGUGGCUCUGGAUGCUUGGUGCUCAUCGUGUGCUGACUCGUGGGGAGGGUGACAGCGACGUGGUUAAAAGCAAGCAUGGUAGCAUCGAAGCCGACUUCAGAACUUGGAAGACCAAGUUCAUCUCCCAGUUGCAGGCACUGCAGAAAGGAGAGAAAAAAAAAUCCUGUGGUGGCAACUGCAAGAAGGGCAAAUGCGAAUCUAAUCAGCAUGGCUCAGAAGAAAUGGAGCCAGGGUCUCACGCUCAAGAUGAAUUACAUCACAGAGGUACUGAGGAGGAAGAGGCCUGUGAGAGUACCAGUGAGGAAGAGUUUGGUUCUGAGGACCAUAAGAGCCUAAAUUCUGUUGUUGAUGUUGAGGAUCUUGGCAAAAUUAUGGAUCGUGUGAAGAAAGGAAAGAGAGAAAAGGAACAGCAGGAAGAUAACACUGGUUUGUUCAGGAACUCAGGGAGAAAUGAAGAUGGUGAAAGAAGAGCUAUGAUAACUCCUGCUCUCCGAGAAGCCCUUACUAAACAAGGUUAUCAGUUGAUUGGGAGCCACUCUGGAGUGAAGCUGUGCAGGUGGACAAAGUCAAUGCUCCGAGGGAGAGGAGGUUGCUAUAAACACACAUUCUAUGGAAUCGAAAGCCAUCGCUGCAUGGAAACCACCCCGAGCUUGGCAUGCGCAAAUAAAUGUGUCUUCUGUUGGCGGCACCACACCAAUCCUGUGGGCACUGAAUGGCGGUGGAAGAUGGACCAGCCUGAAAUGAUCUUGAAGGAAGCCAUUGGAAACCAUCAGAACAUGAUUAAGCAGUUUAAAGGAGUACCAGGUGUCAAAGUGGAGCGCUUUGAAGAGGGAAUGAAGGUAAAGCACUGUGCAUUGUCCCUUGUGGGAGAGCCAAUAAUGUACCCAGAGAUCAACAGGUUUUUGAAGCUACUCCACCAGCAUAAAAUCUCCAGUUUCCUGGUUACAAAUGCACAAUUCCCUGUGGAAAUCAGAAACCUCAAGCCAGUUACUCAGCUAUAUGUCAGUGUGGAUGCUAGCACCAAAGAUAGCCUGAAGAAAAUUGACCGCCCACUCUUCAAGGAUUUCUGGCAAAGAUUCCUUGACAGUUUAAAAGCCUUGGCAGCAAAGCAACAACGCACUGUCUACAGACUGACGCUUGUGAAGGCGUGGAAUGUGGAUGAACUCCAGGCCUACGCUCAGCUCGUGUCCCUGGGAAAUCCCGACUUCAUUGAAGUGAAGGGUGUUACCUACUGUGGAGAAAGUUCAGCAAGCAGUCUUACCAUGGCCAAUGUGCCCUGGCAUGAGGAAGUGGUACGAUUUGUCCGCGAGUUGGUAAAUCUCAUCCCCAACUAUGAAAUUGCGUGUGAACACGAACAUUCCAAUUGCCUCCUGAUAGCUCACAAAAAGGUAAGAAUAACUCAACCAUUUGUUCUUCAAACCCCUUAUCCUACUGCUCCUUUCUUCUCUUUUCUCCUCCUUUCCCCUUGA